AUGAUUUUUCGAGAAACUUUCCAAGACCCAGGAGAAGUCAUCGCCAAUGCAACUGAUCUCCAGGCGGAGUUCUUACGAGCUAGGAGUAGGUCCCAUUCUGCUCAACAGCCCCUCCCAGCAACCAUGGGGGUGCAAUAUGCGCAACAGACCUUGUCAAGUUGGAGCCCUCCACCAGCGAACGUCUUCAAGCUCAAUUUUGACGGAGCCUUCCAAGCAGCUAUGUCAUCAGGGGUGGGGGCAGUAGUGGUUCGGAAUCACAGAGGGGUUGUUUUUAAUUCAACCACAAAACGAUAUCCAUAUGUAACAUCUCCAGCAACUAUUGAGGCGAUGGCCUUGCGAGAUGCAAUUAACCUAGCCAUAAGUCUUCAACUUCCUGAAGUCAUCUUUGAAGGAGAUGCUAAGGUAAUUAUUGAAGCAAUGUCACAGAACUCCAAGGUGGAUUACAAUACAGAUGUUAUUAUCCAGGAUUGUAAGGUGUUACUGAACAACAUCAUGCCGCACUCGUUUCAUUUUGUUAGGAGAGCAAGUAACUGGGUGGCACAUUCGUUGGCCAAAAAAGCCCUUACAGACAAUAGUUUCUGUUCAAAGUUGGAACAAUAUAUGAAAGCCUUGGAAGUCCAUGAACUUCUUAGAAUAAUGAGAAGGUAG